GGCGCAAUCGUCUGGUGGCGUCGUCUAAACAUAGUGACGAUGAGUUACAGGCUUCGCAACAUGCAUUUCUCCCAUUUAACGACGGAAAGAUGAAGCUCUGUGAAUACUGUGUUGAACACGUUCUGGAGAAGAACGAUUGCUGGGACUACCAUCACGCGUCUUAUGCUUCGCUCGAAGCUUCGUCUGGGGACGGGUUGGAACAUGGCAAGGAUAUCUCAAGGCUCCCCGUGCAGCAGAAACAGCAUUGCUUGUUUUGCUGGACGCUGCACAAUGAUAUCAAGAAUAUCGCACCAGGGCUGAAAAAGCUGGAACGGGCUGGCGCUUGGCCUGUCUAUCGCUGGAACAUCAGGAGUUUGGCGAGGAUACGGGAGAGCUUCGAGACUGUUGUUGUGACAUUUCGAUAUGUGCCCCCGGCUGAUGAGGCGAAGGAGGACGACGUGGAGGAGGUCGAACUGCCUACUAGGACGUUUUUCUUGUUUCCUGAAGAUGAUCUCAGUCCGCUGCUAUCUCCACAUCAACUUGGGAUUUCAACCGACCCAAAGAUCAACGGCGGAUAUCAAAUACGUUCUUGGGUUGAGACUUGCGAUACAACGCAUAUAGACUGUAUGAAGCGAAGAAAGUCUACACCUAAGGCACACCGUUUUGUUCCAACCCGUCUCCUCGACAUCAGCGGCCUACCAGAUACCCCAAUCCGUUUGAUCGAGACCGCGACAACUUCCGUACAUGGCCCGUACUGCUCGCUCUCGCAUUGCUGGGGCCUCAUCAAGUUCGUCGAGCUGCGUGAUGAGAAUAGGACGAAGUUUAUGCAGGAAGGUAUACCGUGGUAUCGGUUCACUAAGAACUUCCAAGAUGCUAUUGAGGUUGCGAGGUUCCUGGAGGUUGGAUAUAUUUGGAUUGACAGCCUAUGUAUCAUCCAGCGUAGCGAAGAAGAUUGGAAACAUGAGGCGAGUCGGAUGCAUCUUGUCUAUCGAAAUAGCUAUUGCAACAUAGCCAUUGCAGAUUCGGCGGACAGCACGGGAGGUGCGUUUCGUGUACGCAACCCCGACGCCGUUAUGCCAGCGAGAUACCAGCCUAGAGAGAACUCUCCUUUAUUCGGUAAGAAAGCUUGGAGGGUCGUACCAGAGAACCUAUGGGACAGUGGACUGCUUCAGACCUUCCUUUAUGCUCGUGGAUGGGUGUUUCAAGAACGUAUGCUGUCGCCGCGUAUCUUGCACUUCGCUAACAAUCAGGUGUUCUGGGAUUGUCCUUCGCUGAGCGCAUGCGAAACGCUCCCUGCGGGGUUGCCACAACCAACUGAUAAUGCUGCGGGACCUGACAGGCACUGGCGAGGACGCCUGCAAGAGCCAGAAGGGAGGCAUGAGCCGCUGGCUGGUGCGAACGAUCAGUCAUUGGCGUCCUUUUGGAAGGUGGCCGUUCUAAAGUAUACCAGUUGCAAUCUAACGAUGGGCAAAGACAAGCUCAUCGCCAUGUGGGGUAUCGCCAAGUUGAUACGGGAUGAACUAGGAGUUGAGUACGGCGAAGGGUUGUGGGAGGAGAACCUCGAAGAUCAGUUAGCCUGGCGUGUCGAGGAGUGCAAGCUUACAGUACGACCAAGCGAAUCGACCGAGUGGAAUCUAGAGCGCAAAAUCCCCUCGUGGAGUUGGGCCUCUAUGGACGGUGUCAUCCUCACACCUGACAGGUUGACCGAUCAGAAGCAUUUUACAGUCAAGGAUCACUACGGUCAGCGUUUGACUUUCGAUCUAGUUGGAGUGAAACGAUCUUUUCGACCAGGAGUCAGGCCCAUCGAAGCACCGCCGCCGUUACAAAGCCGUGGGAUGAGUGAUAGUGGCGCAGAACUCCAACGGCGAAACAAAGAGUUACGUAGAGACCCAAUUGAUACCCACGACAACAGAGUGGACAUACGGAUUCAUAGCCCAGAGAAGGUUGAUCGAGAUGCGGAGCCUAGGUUUCACAGCAAAUCUAUUCGGAUACAAGGUCAUGUAGGCCGCGGACGGCUUGAGUGGGAGGAGCUGAAAAAAGGAUGGGUUGUCCAGCUCGAUGAUGAAACGGUCAAUGUAGGACUCGAAGCAUUCCCGGAUACAAUUCCCGAUCUUGACAAUCCAACCGACCAUUUUCCUUACUUCGUCGUGUUGGCGGCAAAGCAAGUUAUUGGCGCGCAACAUGCCGACUUUACUUUCAAGCCAACGACACACAAGCACCCCCAGAUCAGCGAUGACGCUAGUACUGCAGAAAACGAUCACGCUGGCGAAUACUUCGAAGUCUCGGGGCAUGGGAUAAUGUUGAAAGACGUGGGGAACCAUCAUUUUCACAGAACUGGGGCGUUUCGUUUUGAGAACGUGAGUAACGAAACUUUUGUGAACUUGCAGAGGACGCACGAUUGGGAACUUUUCUCAUCUGAUAUAUAUCACUCAAAGCGAGGUCGGAAAAUCUGGCUAGACUGAACGAUAAUCAUUGUUCCUGAUUAGAACACUGAAGAUAGCAAACGCGCUG